AGCGGAAUCCUUUAACGGCAGUGUGUGAUUUAAAAUCCUAUUGAAUAAAGUUUUCCCACCGCAGUGAUCCAAGAACUCUAAAUAUGCCUAUGUUGAAAAGAAAAGCCUUUGAGAAAUCUUCUGUGUCGGAAUACCUGAGAGACGACGAUGAGGUAUUCCAUUGUGAGAUCACCGAUGAAAUUUUCAAGGAUUACGAAGAAUACUGCGAAAGGAUUAUCCUCGUCAAUUCCAUGGUAUGGACGUGUGAGAUGACUGGAAAGAAUAAUUUGACCUAUGCUGAAGCUUUAGAUAGUGAGAAGGCAGCAAGGAAAUCUCUGAAGAACUUUCCAAUGGAACUCAGGAUUCCAAUCCUAUAUCUUGCUAGCAGAACACAGAGAAGUGCCUUUUCAGAGAUGUCUGAAGAUGUGUUUAAUUUUGUGAGAGAAAGGUUUUUUGUGGGUGAGUCCGUGGAAGCCUGCCUUGAGGGUGACCACUGGCAAGAGGCACAUAUUCUGUCUGUGACUGCUCAGAAACAACAUCCUGAUAAUAAUACAAUGCUGCCGGCAUCCGCAUAUUGUUAUGAAGUAGAACAGUACACUGAAGCAGACUCAGCAAUGGCUGGUCAGAUAGGCACGGCUCCAUAUGAGAGAAUGCGUCGACGUAAAGGUAUAUAUUCCAGAGAAAAGAACAGACUGUUCUUGAAACAAUUUGUGGAGAUGGGCCCAGUCAUAACUAUAAAGAAAUCUGCAUUAGACAAAUAUAACAUACAUCGAGUGAGUUUUGAUCAAAUAUUUACGGGUAAACCUCCUGUGUUCCCUCCAUCUAAGAAGUUCAAGGCCUCAAUAUCACCAUCAACAUCAAAAAUUUCCAACCCCGGCUCCGCUUCAAAACUCAACAACAAGUCACUGAAGAAAUUAAGCCCAGAUAAAAAGGGUCGGCAAGAAUCUAUGGACAAGUUCUUAAAGAAACCUAAUAAGGCAGAAGAUACAAAAAGCAGACCAUCUGCAAAUCCAGAAGCAAAACUCCGUGCUCAACAGUUGGCAGAUAAGAUGAGACAAGCUGAAGAGCAGCUCCGACAACGAAAGGAAGAAGAAAAGGCGAGGAAGAGAGAGAAGGAAGCCCAGGUUCUGGCUUAUAUGAAGGAGUGGCAGAAGGUUAAAGAUGACCUGGAGUUAGAAGACCAUAAGAUAUUACCCAAAGGAACACCAGUGGAAAUAGAAGGUAUAGAAGCCAAGCAUUUUGGGGACAUUCUCUCUGUUUUGGAUUUUGUUCACUCUUUCUGUGAUGUGCUUAAGGCAAAGGACAUAUUACAAAAUGAUUUGGAUUUGGACACAUUUCGUAAGGCCCUUAUCAGUAAAGAACAUACGGGAGUCUUCAGUGAUAUCAUAAAGAUGUUUCUGAUGACAAUAUUCUCUUUGCAAGAGGAAGAGGCUGAGGAGUAUAAUGUGAAGGGAAGGAUCCAGGAAUCAAGAGAAGAGAAGCCACCGGACGGUAACCUUAAUGUAGACAGGUCUAUACAACUGGCCACAAAGGCAAGCAAAUGGGCGCAAACAUACCUUGGCACUCCCCUCAGCAAGCUCCAGCUAGAUCCUACCACAGUUAGUGAAGUAUUAAGAAUGCACCUCCUGUCAUCGGGUUGCUGGAUCGGCGCCCGCUCUGUGUCCUGGCGACAGCAGCGUGGAGCCUACAGCAGCGCCGACGACCCCGGACUGCAGUUGCGCAUGCGCAGUCCGCACAUUCUGCGGCGUCUGGCGUGCGCGCAUGUUGCCGACCUACCAACCGACGACAAGCUAGAAAUAGUGCAGUGCCUGAUGAACCAGGUGCUGAGUUACGCCGCCGUGCGUGACAUCGUGGAGGAGAAGGUCGAAGAACACAAGAACCUAAAACAGACACUCAAGACAUUACAGAUUAAUGAGCGCAAACGUGAGCCGCAACUAGCAGUGGCCAGAACUGAAGUGAAACGUGAAGCUAUUGCCAAAAAGGCUGAGCAGAAACUGUCGGGUGAAGCAGCCAGGAUAGUAGAUGAGCAAGUUGAGUUGUCCAUCGAGAAGCUGAAGAAGGAAAGUGAGAUGAAGAAGAUCGAGUUUGAGAAGAAGCAGAAGGAGCUGCAAGCACAGCUUUUUGAAUUUACACAUUACCUGGGUAUGGACCGCGCUUACAACCGGUAUUGGAUAUCGCAGCGAGUGGGCGGGCUCUUCGUGGAGGCGGGCGCGGAGGGGCGUGGCCCGUGUCGUGUGCGGCCCGUGCCGGUACCGACCGUGCCGGUACCGACCCGCGCGCGGGACGCCGACGUGCUGGCGUACGUCACCGACCUGUACCACGCGGGACAUCACGAGGGCAGUGAUAAGGAGAACGACGGCACGAAUUCUCGCGGCAACUCGCCCAAAAAACCGCUGGCGGUGAACGGAGUCAACAAGGCGCUGUCUGAUGAUAGCGUGCGCCAGAUGCGAGAGCUGAUGGUGUGCACUGCCGAUAUCAACACAUGCUACGUGCAUGGCAAGUUGGGCCGUCCAUCAUGGUGGGUGUUUAACACGACUGAACAGCUGGACGCUCUGGUGACUGCGCUGAACAAACGUGGAGCCCGCGAGCUGGACUUGUGGCAGAACAUCGAUUACUCCAAGCAGCAGAUACAGCAACACUUGGAGCAGUGCCAGAUACAAUGGCUCAAUCCGCGUGUGGUCCAGAACGGCACUGGGCCGGCUCCGCCACGCGUCGUCAACGUUCCAUCGACCCGGCGACGAGCCGCCGCGCAGGCUUCGCUGGUGGUGGCACCUGACUGCUCGCUGCAGGAGACGCUGGAGCUGACGCUGCGGGAUCACAUCCUUGAGCUGGAGGAGAAAGUCUUCCACGGCUGUCUUGGCGCUAUCAAAGUUAAGGACCGUGAAGCGUGGCGCGGAACUCUGAUGCUGCGCGGCUACGACAAGCAGGUGGAGUGGCUCACCUGGGGACCUGGCGGCGUCUGCUCCGACCGGCCCGCCUCGCGCCCGCACACGCCGCACUCCCCGGCCUCCACGCGGGAAGCUACUCCGGAAGACAUAAGAGACCCGUUAGAGAAUAUUCGAAGAUACCGCGACCCCGGAUACUACCUGGAACCAGUAAAAGUUAAUGGCAUCAAGUUGGAGCCGGAAUCUAACCCGGAUCUGGUGAAAAGUCUGGCCAGCGCAUUGCUGCAGGUAUCACAGGGCAUCCAGCACAAGUACAUCAAGAGACCACUUGGUCUGAGUGAUAAGCAGCUCAAGGAACGCGAUGCAAAGAACAAGGGUGUGGAGAUGAAGCUGGAGACGCUGGAGCGCUGGGAGAUGUCCCUGAUGGGGGCGCGCAGCCUGGCCGCCGUGACCCUGCACCUGGUGGUGCUGGAGGCCAGCGUGUGGUGGCGGGCCAGCGUGCUGCUGGCCAGCUGCCGCCUGUGCCGGCGCCGCACCGACCCCGACAGCAUGCUGCUGUGCGACGGCUGCGACGAGGGCCACCACCUCUACUGUCUGCGACCGCCGCUCACCAAAGUACCAGAUGGCGACUGGUUCUGCGACCGAUGCCGACCUAAAGAAAAGACGCCGCGGAAACGUAGGAAGUUGUUCCGAGAUGAGGCUAUCGUCGAGGAGAUAGAAGACAGAGUCAUCGAAGCGUCGCUGCGCCGCGGCCGCCAUCUCCUCAAUCCACCAGUACGCCAGGAGUGUGCACCGGAGAUCCACCUCCACCGAAUCAGAAGACAGCGAGUCAAAUAGUGUGCUUGUCCGCGUGAAGUCGGGUCGACGGUCGCGCACCGCUGAGCCAUCGCCGGAGCCGAGCGCUGGUCGCCGCGGCAGGAAGUCUAAGGAGGAGCACAACAGCAGCGUCAACAGACGAGGCAAAUCCUCCCUGACCAACGGAGUUCACG